GUCAGCAACAUGUAGGCAGGCUGAGUAAAGAGAGGUCGAGACUGUGUGUACGUACGGUUUUUUUUUCUUUUUCACCCAGAGUAACACACCGGGUGGAUACGUCGUGGAAAUGGGCAGCCGUGGAUUGGAUUUACCGGGGACGAAGUGCCGCAGGGAGGACAGAGUAUCCGGAUCCUGAGAAAACAGUUUUGUUCCUGCAUAAAGCACCAGCUACCCAAGUGACUCUCUGCCCUUGUCAUGGCAUCAAGGCCCGUCCUUUCAUUCCUGUUGGCUGUUCUGGCGUGCACUGGGCCGGCUCAGCCUUCCCCCCCACUGCUGCUCCGCCCCCGGGAGAGAGAGAGGGAUUCGGGAGGGGCUUCGGGCGGAGUCAACAUCGCUGUGGUCCACUCCGGCUCCUCCCACCUCCCGGAAACGAGCGCUGGGGUGGGGGGUAUGGGUGGCGCCUCUACGGCAGGCUCUGGCUCCGGUGCCGGGCCAAGCAGCAGCUCAGGGACGGGCGUUCUGAGUCGGGCCUGGUCUGGACAAGUGGGUGAGAGCGUGAUGACGCCUUGGGGACCGGCCAAUGUGAUCUGGCUGGCCGUGAACGAGAGCAGUCCUGGGAGCCUGUUGCUACAGUUGUGUGAAUUACUGGCUACCACACCGCUUCAAGGGCUUGUGUUUGAGGAAGAGAAGCCACCACCGCCCACCCGGGCACCAUUAGCACCUAUGCUGGAGUUUGUUUCGGCCCAGACAGGUGUACCUGUCAUUGCUGUGGGGGGAGGAGCUGGCCUGGGGAGGGAGCCACAGGAAAGCGGCUCGGUCUACCUGCAGUUCUCUUGCGCCACUUCUCUGCAACUGGAAGUCAUUUUUGAAGUUCUGGAGGAGUUCGAUUGGACUGCGUUCUCAGUGGUCACCACGCGCCACCACGGAUAUGAAGAUUUUCUGGCCAUGGUAGAGGGCACGAUAGAUGGCUCCUUCAUUGGUUGGGAGAGAAAGAGCGUGGUAAUGCUUAACCUGACCGAUGACCCGGGAGGUGCUCGUGCCCGCAGACUGCUGAAGGAGAAUGAAGCACAGGUGCGACUCCUGUAUUGCUCACAGGAAGAGGCGGAGCACAUUUUUAAGGCAGCGUGGGCAUCAGGUCAGGCGACCCCUUCCCACAUGUGGUUUGCAGUUGGACCAGGUCUGUCAGGACUAGGUCUGGAAGGUCUACCCAAGGCUCUGUUUGCAGUGCGACCCCAGGGAUGGAGGGACGAACCUCGGCGGCGUAUCGCAAAGGGAGUGUCGGUACUGACGCAUGGCGCCAUGGCUUUACGUAGGGAGUACGGUGGGGCUAGAGGGACGAGCUUUGCUGGAAACUGUGUGAUGGAUGGAAACCAAACUCGGAGGGUGCCAGAUAGGAUCAGGUUCUUCAGUAACAUAACUCUAUCCGGCCGGGACUAUUCCUUCAAUAAUGACGGUUAUCUGGCAAAUCCGCUCUUGGAUGUUAUCUCCUACACUGCAGGAAGAGGCUGGGAGGAGGUAGGUUGGUGGGAGAAUGGAGUGCUACGUCUGCGUUACCCUCCGUGGUCCCGUUACGGGCCUUUUCUCAAGCCUCUUGAUGAUUCCCAGCACUUACGUGUGGUCACGCUAGAGGAAAGGCCCUUCGUUAUCGUCGAACCCGCUGAUCCUGGUACGGGCUCCUGCAUCAGAGACUCUGUGCCGUGCCGUCUGCCGCUCAACAACAGUAUGGUUGUCGAGGGCAUUCAAUCCAUGAAACACUGCUGCAAAGGCUUCUGUAUUGAUGUUCUCAAGCGCCUGGCUAAAAUAGUGGGCUUCACCUAUGACCUCUAUCUGGUGACCAAUGGCAGACACGGAAAGAACAUAGAUGGAGAGUGGAAUGGAAUGGUCGGGGAGGUGGUGUCGAGGCGGGCAGACAUGGCCAUUGGCUCCUUGACUAUUAAUGAGGAGAGAUCAGAAGUCGUGGAGUUUUCGGUACCGUUUGUAGAGACCGGCAUCAGUGUCAUGGUCUCUCGUAGCAAUGGCACUGUUUCACCAUCUGCCUUCCUUGAGCCAUACAGUCCAGCUGUGUGGGUGAUGAUGUUUGUCAUGUGCCUGUCUGUGGUAGCCGUCACCGUCUUCAUAUUCGAAUUCUUCAGCCCUGUUGGAUAUAACCGCAGCUUACAGAGCGGGAAGAAGGCAGGAGGUUCGAAGUUCACUAUAGGAAAGUCUAUCUGGCUGCUGUGGGCUCUGGUUUUUAAUAACUCUGUUCCUGUGGAGAACCCAAGAGGCACCACUAGUAAGAUUAUGGUGCUGGUUUGGGCUUUCUUUGCUGUCAUCUUUCUGGCCAGCUACACUGCUAACCUGGCAGCCUUCAUGAUUCAGGAGGAGUACAUCGACACCGUAUCUGGCCUCAGUGAUAAGAAGUUCCAGCAGCCCACUGAUCAGUAUCCCCCCUUGCGCUUUGGGACCGUCCCAAACGGAAGCACUGAGGAAAACAUACGAAGCAACUAUCCCAACAUGCAUCAGUACAUGGUGCGACACAAUCAGAGAGGUGUAGAAGAGGCCAUCGACAAUCUUAAGACCGGAAAACUGGAUGCCUUUAUAUAUGAUGCAGCUGUCUUGAACUACAUGGCUCGUAAGGACGAGGGCUGCAAAGUGAUGACCAUCGGAUCUGGUAAAGUGUUUGCCACAACAGGAUAUGGCAUUGCGUUACAUAAGAAUUCCCGCUGGAAACGACCGCUGGACCUUGCACUGUUACAGCUGGUUGGAGACGAUGAGAUCGACAUGCUUGAACGGCUUUGGCUCUCUGGAAUCUGCCACAAUGAUAAGAUCGAGGUCAUGAGUUCCAAGCUGGACAUAGACAACAUGGCUGGAGUCUUUUAUAUGCUUCUGGUUGCGAUGGGCCUAAGUUUGUUGGUGUUUGCAUGGGAGCACCUUGUCUACUGGAAGCUCCGUCACUGUAUGGGACGUUCUGGAGGACUGGACUUCCUGCUGGCUUUUAGUCGGGGAAUGUACAGCUGCUGCAAUUUCGAGGAUGAAACAGCUCCUGGAGGUUCCCAAAGCACACUUUCUCAGUAUCAUCAUGUCUCUACAAUUCCUCCUCCUCCCCCACCUCAUGUGAUCUCUACAUCUAUGGCCAAUCCCCCCAUCCCUAUGGCACAACAACAGCAGCAGCAACAACAACAGAAACAACACCACCAGCAGCCACCGCCAUUAUACAGCGCCCUUCUCCCUGGCUCAACUCCUUCAGGUGGACAUUCUGGCAUGGCUCUAGGGCCAUCAAACAGUCCCAUUCUUGGAGCACCAAUGCCUUGCUCUACGUUCCUACCACGCCAUGAUCGGAGAUUAGCUGUGGUGGAUCGGUGGACGCGUCCGAAGGUGGGCCCUGAGAAAGCCAGUGGUGUAAACAGUGGGAUUGCAGACUUAACACAAUUCCAGAGUAUGCCCCCUCACUGGGGUACAGGAGUAAGUGGAGGGGAGGGGAGUCUGGAUGAGUACAAGAGAUACUAUGGCCCAAUUGAUCCUGAGGGUUUAGGGGUCUCUGCAGACUCACAAAAUAUAGUAACUCAAACUCCAAAAACUAAGCAUCGAGUGACAAAAUCCACUGGAAACCCAAGGGAACAACCUAAAGGUCAAGUGCCCGCCGGGCACUUACCCAUUAACCCUACUUUACCACAUCCCUCUUCACCUCAACAGUUCUUAUGGAGGAGAAACAGCUUCUCUAAAAGGAAGGGCUCAGGGGGCCCAUUAUAUGAAAACAUUCUUCCCCUUGGAAGGAGAGGUGGUGGCAGGCAUGGAAUAAGAGACGGGGGUAGCAGAAGGGGACGUCGUCCUCCUCCCAUUCCUCUACCUAUACCUGUGCCUCUCUGUUCCCCUACCCAAACUCCCCCCUCACCUUCUCCAUCUAUUUGUUACACAACUACAUCUUCCAGCAGCUCUAGCACCUCCAGUUCAUCCUCUUCCUCAGAAUCAGUCUCACGAUCCAAUUCUCCUUCUUCUUCAUCUUACACAUCAUCACAGAGUUUCAGGUACCGGGAAAAUGUGUAUGAGGAUUAUGACACAGAGCUUACAGAGGAGUCAAGCUUGCUAUUGGGUAAAAGAAAAAGUCGUUCACGUAUGUCCUCUCGAUCGCUGCCCAGCAGUCCUCCACCACCACCAAUACCACCACGCAAGCCUUGCCCACAGAAAGCGCAGAUGCGAGACAGGGCAGGCAGUCAGCUUGCUCAACUUCAAGAGUGGUGGGCAUCUUGGGGAGAGAAAGAAAAGAACAGAAGAACAGUUGGUGACAGAGAAGUGAAGGAGGAGAAACGACAUCACAAGGAGAGGGAAAGAGAGAGAAAGAGGAGGAAGAAAGGUAGAAAGAAAAAGAAAAGAGAAGAGCGUGAAAGAGAAAGGGAGCGUAAAAGACGUAAAGUGAAGAAGAAAAAGAAAAAAGAGGAGAAAUCCAAAAGAAAGGAAAGGGAAAGGCGAUCGGAGCAUGAAGAGGGAGAUAUUGACAGGAAAGAUGUUUUUGAAAAAGUUGUAGGACAGGAAUACACUUCAUAUCCUGCACUAAGACGAAGCUCUUUUCGAAAAAAGAGUGAAAGCUCUACAAGAAGUUAUGACUGGGAUAUUAACAGGGAUGGAGUAAAGAGAGAGAGGGAUGAUCAAGGAGCUGAGGAUGAAGAGGGAAGUAGGGGAAAAGAAAGGCUUCACAGAAGUCCUAAAUCACAUCGCCACUCCAGGCCAAGGUCUAGCAACAAACAUUAUUCCACCUCAAACAAACCUUCUUCAACCGUCAAAUUUUGGGCUAGUGGCAACCCAACUUCAGAGUCACCAUCAACUUUUGUACCCCUGCUUCCACUUUCUAAAAGACGAAAAUCUAUUGGAGCUGAGAGAGAUGAGCGAGGAAGAGUUGGAGAGAGUCGCCCCCUCUUGGGAAAGAAUGAGAGAGGUAAAGCUUGUUCGAGAGAAGGACUGUCAUUUCACGAAUGGGAUUCUGAGGAUGAGGAGGAGUCAGAGGUGGAAAGAAGAAGACCAGAAGGACAGGGGAGACGAAGAGAAAGUCGAACAAUGGACUCAGAGUCCGACAGGGAUAGAGAAAAAACUGUUGAGAUAUACACAGAUGAUGAAGGUUCCUCAGGAGAGUUUGGUAAGUUUGAGAGAUAUUGGGAGGGUCACGAAGGAAGAGCAGUUGGAGGCAUUGGUGGAGGUGGAUGGUUUUUUGGCACUUACCCUGCCAGAGAGAGAGGAGGAAGUAUAAAUAGUAGAGAUGACUCAUUUUUGGGAUGGGGUGGUGGAGAAAGCAGCUUGGGGUUUGGAACGGGAUGGGGAUCAGGAGGCUUAGGAAACCAGCGGCCUCCCGCUCCAUUAACUCCUCCUCCCCCUCGAAGAUAUUGGUCUGUAGACAAGUUACCACUGAAGACUGAAAAGAAAUCUAAAAGCAAAUCCCAAGAAAAGAGUCGUGGACACACAUCUUGUUCCUGCCAGUCGCCCCAUCACUCUGCCAGCACUCACUCCAAAUGGAACCGAGUGACUUCUCGCAGUCAGGAGGAGCUACUUCCCCACUGCCACAGUUUCAGUAGCAGUGUAAGGCCCAAGCGGCAAUCAUCAAAACCAGAUCGGGUUCAGAGCCAAGCAAAAUCUGGAAGCCAGUCCAACCUCAAUGCACAAAGGUCGCAGCGUUCAGACCGGUCUCGACAACCACCAUCUCCUCCUCAGAGUCUACCACCAUCGUUGCCCACUCCCAUGGUCCCUGCACUCCCAGCACCCCCAACGUCCUCUCAUCAUAUACACGUUCCUCCACCUACCUCAUCCUCCUCAGUUUCAUCGCCUUCAGUUGUCUCAUCCACUCCUGGUGCACCACAACCCUCUUCUCUGUCCUCUUCUAGUGCUAAGCUUCAGUAUCAGAAACUGCGGUCUGUACCCCAAAGGUAUCAAUCCCCACAUCUUCCCCUUAAAACCAAGAGUCUGUGCUCUCGUCGAGGCUCUGCCCAGUUCUCCAGUGUGGAGAGUGAGGUCUGAGAAACAUAUUUAAAUGAGGAACAUCAGCAAGCAGCCCCAAUGGGCAAUCAAAUCACCUGCUCAUGCUACAAACUGUUAACUGUUCAUAACAGUUGGGUUGUUUUUGCUGGCACCCUCCUCUUGCACAAAGCUAUAAUGCUCCUUGAUUGGAUUGGAAUGACAUUUAAAUUGUAGCCCUUUCUCUUUAUUGGUGUAAGAAUGGUACUGCCAUGCUGACAAAUUUUGUUGAUGUUAGCAAGGCUAUUCAUAUGGCUUUUUCUCUUAUUUUUGGAGGCUUUAAGGUGGCAUGUCAAUAACAUGGGUAAAUGUGAUUUUUGGAGGGGGGGAGUGUUUUGCUGCUCGGUGGCUCAGGAACGAUUUUUCAAGGGGAGAUUCAGAGGUCAAAAUACAAAGUCCUAAUGCCCCACCCAAUCUUCUUUUGCUCUCAAAGUUAAAUCAUGGCAUUAUUGUUAUGUAUAUGUUCAAUAUAUCUCAAGGGAAGCAUUCACAAAGGAAAGUAGCAAUCCAUUCUCUCUUUUCUGAGCAUAUUCCUUGACUCCACCUCCUUCCACAAACUAACAUAUUCCAGUCUGUGUGUUGUUGUCAGUGUUCGUAAACCUGGAAACAGGGUAAGUUAGCCAUGACUGAUCACACAAUGGCUUACAGAAGCUGAAUGCCAAACUUAAGUGGAGCUGAUGUACUGUCCUGUUACACUGAAAUCAUUACACAGGUCCUCAUGAUUCAUUCAUCUCCCUUGAGCAAUACAUAAUUAACUACAAACGACAUUCAAUACAUAUAUUUUAUAUUAUAAAGUUAUUUUAUUAUAUAUGUACAUAUAUAUAUAGUAUAUGUUUUGUGAUCUGGUUUAAAAUAGUUGUGUUCAGUUAUUAAAAAUAUAAGCACUGUGCUGUAUUACAGUAGGGCACAUCUUUCAACUACCUAUAAUCGGUGGCAGCCCUUCCCCUCUUGACUGAAUGUACAUGUCGCCAUGACAACACAGUGUGCUGCAACCAAGAAGACACUUUUAAGAUCGUAGCUUUCUCGAGAGACACCUUUUUGUCAGAGCCAGUUAGGGUAGUUUUGAAUGAUGUUGUUUGGAGUGCAAGUAAGACAGGGCUAGCCAUACUGCAACACUGUCCUCGCUAACAACAAUGUCAGUGAGCGAAAAGAGACAUGUCAUUUUUCAGAGAGCGAUAAGUGAAAAAGAGCGCUGUUUACAGUUGAACACUGUGUUUUUACACCGUUUUUUACAAGUUGCUCUGUUCUGUCAUUUAUAAGGCUCAGACAUGAUAUUCAUACUUGCUUAGCAAGUAGCAGCAAGGUACAACUAGUCAAUUGAGAACAGAACAGAUUUGCUGAUUUAUACUUUUCAGACAUAUAUGUGAUUUAGAAAGUAAGCCAGAUUUCUCUUUUCGAGUUUUCUGUUAACUGUGAGGAAUAUACUGUACUGAUAAUCAGGUUGUUUGGUUUUGCUUUCAUCAUUAGCCUAAAGCUAGCAUUUUUGAAGUGAUUGCUAUAAUUGACUGUGAAUAUUGCUAAGGGCAUAUACAUGUUUGGCAGCAGGUCUGAGUCAAUUAUGUUUUAUUUUGUUUAUUUAUAUUGCAUUUAAAACACAUGUGGCCUCUCUGUGUUUAAUGUUUUUUGUGUUUCUUUAGGUUUAGAUUACUAGGUUGAUUACUGAUGUUUUUAUUUACUGUAUGUUGGCUUGACACUUGGGUUAUGGAGUCCAACUCCUAGAGCUCUCAAGCUACCAAAACCACAGAACUUAACACAGUCCCUCAGGCUAUUCAGUUUUUUUAGACUAAUCAGACAUACAUUUUUACGGAGCCCCUAAGGGGACAUGGAGCAAAAAUGAAAUAAAGUUUAGUUUCGCGUGCGCACGUGAAACUUUCCCGUGCGCAUGUGAAACUUUCGCUUUCACGAAAGUUUUUUUUUUUUUUACUCCAGUGUCACCUUAGGGGCUCGGUACAUUUUGCCCUUGCAAACAGUCUGGUUUAUAUUUUUGGAUUUAAACUUCAUCUCAUCCACUCUAGACUACCGUGUACAGUUAAAGAAUUCCCCCAAGAAUGAAUAUUUUGUCAUUAAUUACUCACCCUCAUGUCAUUCCACACCCGUAUGACCUUCGAUUAUAUUUGCAACAAAAUUGAGAUAUUUUUAAUGAAAUCCGAGAUCAGCCAUAGACAGCAAUGCAACUCAAGCCCUAGAAAAGGCAGUAAUGACAUUGUAAAUUAGUCCAUGUGACUACAGUGGGUCAAUUUACAUUUUAUGAAGUGACAAGAAUCCUUUUUGUACUCAUAAAGUGAGCCUGCAUGCAUGCGUUUAGCGGCGUUGUGCGUCAGCCAUAGACAUAUAUGUACAUAGAUGUCCCAUUAACGGCUCGCAUCUAUGGAUUGGCUCAGAAAGCUCUGGGAUUUCAUUAAAAUAUCGUAGUUUGUGUUCCGAAGAUAAAUAAACAUCUUUAGGGGAUGAGAAAUACAUUUUAAUGGAAAAUUUUUUGAUUAAAUCCGAGAUCAGCCAUAGACAGCAACGCAACUCAAUGCCCAGAAAAGGCAGUAAUGACAUUGUAAAUUAGUCCAUGUGACUACAGUGGGUGAAUUUACAUUUUAUGAAGUGACAAGAAUACUUUUUGUGCUCAUAAAGUGAGUCUGCAUGCAUGUGUUUAACUUCGGCGUCGUGCGUCAGCCAUAGACAUAUAUGUACAUAAAUGUCCCAUUAACGGCUCGCAUCUAUGGAUUGGCUCAGAAAGCUCUCAGAUUUCAUUAAAUAUAUCAUAGUUUGUGAUCCGAAGAUAAAUAAACAUCUUUAGGGGAUGAGAAAUAAAUUUUAAUGGAAUUUUUUUUUUAAAUCUGAGAUCAGCCAUAGACAGCAACGUAACUCAAGGCCCAGAAAAGGCAGUAAUGACAUUGUAAAUUAGUCCAUGUGACUACAGUGGGUCAAUUUACAUUUUAUGAAGUGACAAAAAUACUUUUUGUGCUCAUAAUGUCAGUCUGCAUGCAUGCGUUUAACGAGGUCGUGCGUCAGCCAUAGACAUAUAUGUACAUAAAUGUCCCAUUAACAGCUUGCAUGUUUGGAUUGGCUCAGAAAGCUCUCGGAUUUCAUUAAAAAUAUCUUAAUUUGUGUUCUGAAGAUAAACAAAUGUCUUUAGGUGGUGAGAAAUUCAUGGCAAAAUCUUCGGAUUACAUCACGAAUAAAUAACACUUCUAUUUUUAAUGCUUUUUAAACGCUUUGUCAAGCCAGCAUUGUAAUUUGUCUUGAUAAAGUUUACUUGUUUACAUUUUAAUUACAUUGUAUAUUGUUACUUAUGUACAUGUGUAUUUAUGCAUUUAUAUACGUUUCAAGUGCAUAUUUGACACAGAACUACGCACAGGCUAAUUGUUUUCGUGUGCUUGUAACUGCGUCUGAGCCAUAUUAAGCUUAUUUGUUGUAUGCUGAGCUUUUUAAAAGUCGUACUAAUUAAUUGGGGUAUAUUUUGUUGUCAAUGGGCUAACCAGUAAUGUCAAGGGACUAUAGAGUAUCGUAUACACAAACAUUCGGAAAAUUGGGAAGGCAGUAACACAAAUGACCAGAAUGAAAACACUGCCUCGCUCUCACAGAUCUCAACGUAAUUCUGAGUAGUUUAUCUUGACAUUAACAUUAAUAUUUGGCAGCUUAUAUACGUGUAUCCUUUGACUCCAACUUUGUUGUGUAAUACUUGUCUGAAUUACUUUAUAUAUAGAUGUACCUCAUGUAUGUGUUUGUGAAGUUUAGAUAGCAAUAGAGAAAUAGCUGUUCAGCGAAGCACUAUAGCUGAAGACAAAAACAUUGUUUUCGAACAUUUCUCGAUAAUUAAGAUGUGUUCCAUGUAAAAAAAUCGUUUUCGAGUUCCCUAUCCAUUCCAACGCACACAUCAAUUCAGUAGACGGCUUCGAUGAAAUGUUUGGGCUCAACCGGCAAGGGCCUUAAGUUAAGAUUUUAUUUUAAUUUUCAAAUUGAUUCAAAUAUCAGGCAUAUUGCACAAAGUAUAUUAGGAAAAAAUGCCACCCUGAAUCUUAAAAAGGCCUUUCUCUAUAGACACGUGUCUUGUUGUGUUGAUUGUGUCUUUGACAGUAAAUGUUUUUGUUUGUUUGUUACUUUGUUUAUUACUCUAAAGAUAAGCAGCAGCAUUUAAAUAUAAACCUAUAGUAAAGAAAAUGAUAUAUUUCAACAAAUAACAUGCAUAUAUAUAUAUAUAUAUAUAUAUAGAGUUAUAUGUAAUGGUUAUCUACUAAAUUUUUCUCUUUGAAUUAGUCCUCUUUUGUCUCUUUGUCCUCUCUCUCGUCUCAUAACAGCUGACAUCAGAGACCAGUCUCCUACUGUGUUUUAAUGAAUGACAUGGCCACCCAUCGACCACGAUGAAUUUAUGUUGCGAAUUACCCAACGCUGUGAUUGAGGUGUGUAUGUGUCUCAGUUUUGGAAUGUUGAGAAACGACUUUUGAAGAUAAACUUGCAAAACAGCCGUAGGCUCCCGACUGUGCUCACUACGAGCAUCCAUCUUGGGCUAGCGAGUAGUUUUUAAGCAGACAGCCACUCUUCUGAGGCACGGAUUGAGCCCGUAUAGCAUCAAAAGUUUCGCUGUCUGCCCGAGUCUGGGUCACAUGAUGUGGUACGUGUAUGUGCGCUCUGUCUGUGCCAAAACUGCAAUUUUAUGCUGAAAACACAUUCAAACACAUGCAAUGCUGCUCUGUAAUACUUUAUUAUUAUGUAGCUGAGCAGAGCCAGUUAUGUUUUACGCCACUCUGUGCCAGGACGGUAGUGUUCCCCCCGGUACCACUGUGUUAGGUUCUUGUGCCAUAUUCCUCGACGUAGAGGAGACUCACGGGGGGGUCACUCGCUGGGCCGUACGACCAUGGGAGACUAAUACUAUGCUGUGCUGCGAGCAGAACAGAAUAAAAGACUUUUA